CCCAGAAGAAGGUGAACUAACAAGUCAAAGCAACAAGGUUAGCCUUUAAAAUACCAGAUGACUAGCUCUGCAUUAUUCAAGGCUACUCUGAUUAUUCUAAUCAUAUAUUUGUAAGCAGGAUUCUACGUGCUCUACCUUCUCCUUUGGCUUGUAUUGCAUUUUCACUAGUAGGAGCCCAGCACAUUCCCUGACUCUGAUACACAGAGCAGGUAGGCGUUUGAUAACUCCUUUUUGCCCCCUUUUUGCAGCUUAGGCUCCUACCACACCACAGCAAUGGGGGUUUAUACACAUCUUCCCAACUCCGGGGUAGCGGCUAUCUUGUAAGUUAAUCUCCCCUUUGUAGUUUACACAGUUGCAUCAUAUCAUCGUAGCAAUGGCCAUUCCGCUUGCGCUUCUGCUAUCUUUGCUCUUUGGCAUCCUGCUUGCACCGGAAUGUGUAGCCACGCCGGACAUGGCUCCUACCACUCUGAUGCAAGUGAAGUCCGAUCUCAUCGAUCCUCAAGGUAUCCUCUCCGGCUGGUCGCCGGAGGCUGAUGUCUGCUCCUGGCACGGUGUUUCAUGCCUGACAGGAGAGGGCAUUGUGACAGGCCUCAACUUGUCGGGAUACGGCCUAUCGGGCACCUUAUCGCCGGCGAUAGCUGGCCUGAUAUCCGUGGAGAUCAUUGACCUCUCCUCCAACUCCCUCACCGGGCCGAUCCCGCCAGAGCUCGGCAGGCUGCAGAACCUGAAGACGCUGCUCCUCUACUCCAACUCCCUCGUCGGCACCAUCCCUUCCGAGCUGGGCCUCCUUGUGAACCUGAAAGUUCUCAGGAUUGGUGACAACAGGCUGCACGGUGAGAUACCACCACAGCUCGGCAACUGCACGGAGCUCGAGACCAUGGCGCUGGCCUACUGCCAGCUGAGUGGUGCCAUUCCUUACCAGAUUGGCAACCUGAAGAACCUGCAGCAGCUGGUUUUGGACAACAACACUCUCACCGGAAGCAUCCCGGAGCAGCUUGGUGGUUGCGCAAAUCUGCGUACUCUGUCAUUGUCUGAUAACAGGCUGGGUGGCAUCAUUCCCUCGUUCGUUGGCAGCCUGAGUGUUCUCCAGUCUCUCAACCUUGCAAACAAUCAGUUUUCCGGUGCAAUUCCGGCGGAUAUUGGGAAGCUUUCCAGCCUGACAUACCUCAACCUGCUCGGCAACAGCCUGACAGGCGCCAUCCCGGAAGAGCUGAACCAGCUGAGCCAGCUGCAGGUUCUUGACCUGUCCAAGAACAACAUCUCUGGAGUGAUCAGCAUCUCCACAUCGCAGCUGAAGAACCUGAAGUACCUUGUGCUGUCUGACAAUCUUCUUGAUGGUACCAUACCUGAAGGCCUCUGCCCUGGGAACUCAAGCUUGGAGAGCCUGUUCCUUGCCGGGAACAACCUUGAAGGAGGCAUCGAGGGUCUGCUCAACUGCAUUUCUCUGCGAUCCAUUGACGCGUCCAACAACAGCUUCACCGGAAAGAUUCCGUCGGAGAUCGACCGGCUGCCGAACCUUGUCAACCUUGUACUGCACAACAACAGCCUUACCGGCGUUCUGCCACCUCAGAUAGGUAACUUGAGCAACCUGGAGGUGCUGUCCUUGUACCACAAUGGCCUCACCGGUGUGCUCCCGCCGGAGAUCGGCCGGCUGCAGAGGCUGAAGGUCUUGUUCCUGUACGAGAAUCAGAUGUCUGGGACCAUACCUGAUGAGAUUACCAACUGCAUGAGCUUGGAGGAGGUGGACUUCUUCGGCAAUCAUUUUCAUGGGACUAUCCCUGAGAAGAUUGGGAACCUCAAGAGCCUAACGGUGCUUCAGCUCCGGCAGAAUGAUUUGUCCGGCUCGAUCCCAGCGAGCCUCGGCGAAUGCAGGCGGCUGCAAGCAUUGGCAUUGGCGGACAACCGGCUCACAGGCGCACUGCCGGACACGUUCAGGCUUCUCACCGAGCUCAGCAUCAUCACCCUGUACAAUAACUCGCUCGAGGGCCCCCUGCCAGAGGCGCUGUUCGAGCUCAAGAACCUGACGGUGAUCAACAUCUCGCACAACAAGUUCAGCGGCAGCGUCGUCCCUCUCCUUGGCUCAAGCUCCCUCUCCGUGCUGGUGCUGACUGACAACUUCUUCUCCGGUGUCAUCCCGACAGCGGUAACACGGUCGAGGAACAUGGUGCGGCUCCAGUUGGCUGGCAACCAUCUUACCGGUGCAAUCCCGGCCAAGCUGGGCACCCUGACGCAGCUCAAGAUGCUUGACCUCUCAUCCAACAACCUCUCCGGCGAUCUCCCGUCGCAGCUCUCCAACUGCUUGCAGCUCACCCAUCUGAACCUUGAGCGUAACAGUCUGACGGGCGUCGUGCCUUCCUGGCUCGGUAGUUUGCGGUUCCUCGGAGAGCUUGACCUAUCGUCGAAUGCAUUAACCGGCGUCAUACCGGUGGAGCUCGGCAACUGCUCGAGCCUUCUCAAGCUGUCUCUCAGCGGCAACCGCCUCUCGGGCAGCAUUCCGCAGGAGAUCGGAAGUCUCACGUCUCUGAACGUUCUAAACCUGCAGAAGAACAGUCUCACCGGAGUCAUACCGCCCACACUCCGGCGGUGCAACAAGCUCUACGAGCUGCGCCUGUCGGAGAACUCGCUGGAGGGGCCGAUCCCCACGGAGCUCGGGCAGCUGUCGGAGCUGCAGGUGAUGCUGGACCUAAGCCGGAACAGGCUGUCUGGACAGAUUCCGACGUCGCUCGGCAACCUCGUCAAGCUGGAGCGGCUGAACCUGUCGUCCAACCAGCUCCAUGGCAAGAUACCAACCUCACUGUUGCAGCUCACCAGCCUGAACCGUCUCAACCUGUCGGACAAUCUCCUCUCGGGCGCGAUACCUGCUGUGCUAUCGAGCUUCCCGUCCGCGUCGUACGCUGGGAAUGACGAGCUCUGCGGCGUGCCUCUGCUGACGUGCGGGGCGAACGGGAGGCGCCUGCCGAGUGCCACUGUAUCCGGCAUCGUGGCGGCCAUCGCCAUCGUCUCGGCCACUGUGUGCAUGGCUCUGCUGUACAUAAUGCUCAGGAUGUGGAGCAACUGGAGGGAGGUGUCGGUGUCGAACUCGGACGGCGAGGAGCCGGAGGUGCACGGCAAAGGUGGCAAGUGCUGCGCCGGGGACGGGAAGUACUGGAAGGUUGGCUCGGGCUUGGUCGUCGCGUCGUCGACGGAGGAGAAGUACAGCUCGGCGUCGGAGAGCAGCGUUCUCCAUGGGAAGCUCACGGAGGCGAGCGCCAUCAACUCCAAGGGCUAGCAGUGCGGCUUGCAUGCUGUGGUUUCUUCUCAAAAAUGUUUGUGUAUGGGUGGCUGUUUCCUGUAUCAAAGUUAUCCAACGCCACUAUUUAAGCCUUUUGUUCUCGUUUCUCUAAAUUUUGUUGGUGUGUUCUUCAUCUAAUGCUAAAGCUGUUUUUAAUUA